GUUUGCAUGUUCUGUAUUUGUUGCCAGCAGCUGAGAAGACACAUGCCAGCACACUUGGCUCCUUGGAGGGUUUCUCCCCGUGUUUUUAGAUCCUCCAAAUCAGAACUCAAGCCAACUCUAGCCAGUGAUGGACUUGUCUGUGCUCCACUGCAGAUGUUCACCGAAGAGGAGACCAUGCUGAAAGACAUGGUGACCAAAUUUGCCCAGGAACGAGUUGCACCUUUCGUGCAAAAAAUGGACGAGAAUGCCAAAAUGGAAGAUUCCAUCGUGCAGGGAUUGUUUGAACAAGGGCUGAUGAGUAUUGAGCUUGGGGAAGAAUAUGGAGGAACUGGAGCUUCAUUUUUUUCAAUCAUAUUGGCAGUGGAAGAAUUGGCCAAAGUUGAUCCAGCUGUGGCUCUUGUGUGUGAACUCCAAAACACUCUAACAAAUAAAUUGUUUACCACCUAUGGAACAGAAGAACAAAAGAGAACUUAUCUUCCCAGGGUAUCUAAAGAUACAUUAGGGAGUUUCUGUCUUUCGGAGGCUGGGUCUGGCAGUGAUGCUUUUUCCUUGAAGACUCGAGCUGAAAAGAAAGGAGACUACUACAUUAUCAAUGGCUCAAAGAUGUGGAUAAGCUUAGCAGAAGAUGCAGGAGUUUUCUUUGUGAUGGCAAAUACAGACCCAUCCUUAGGGUACAGAGGAAUUACAUGCUUCAUAGUGGAUCGCAACACAGAGGGGCUGCACGUGGGGAAAAAGGAGGACAAGCUGGGAAUCAGAGCAUCUUCCACCUGCCCAGUCACGUUUGACAACGUGAAGGUUCCUGAGAGCAAUAUCCUGGGACAAGUUGGACAAGGCUAUAAGUAUGCCAUUGGAAUGCUCAAUACUGGCAGGAUAGGGAUUGCUGCACAGAUGUUAGGACUGGCCCAGGGGUGCUUUGACCAUACAGUUCCCUACACAAAGGAGAGAGUCCAGUUUGGGAAAAGCAUCUUUGAUUUCCAGGGCAUGCAGCACCAGAUUGCCCAGGUGGCCACGCAGCUGGAGGCAGCCAGGCUGCUGACCUACAACGCGGCGCGGCUGGCGGAGGCGGGCAGGCCGGCCAUCAAGGAGGCCAGCAUGGCCAAGUACUUCACUGCUGAGGUUGCAACACUGACAACCAGUAAAUGCAUUGAAUGGAUGGGAGGUGUUGGAUUCACCAAGAAUUACCCAAUAGAAAAGUACUACCGGGACUGCAAGAUAGGUACAAUAUAUGAAGGAACUUCAAAUAUCCAGCUGAGCACAAUUGCAAAAUUCUUAGCACAGGAGUACUGAAACCAUAAGGACUUUUUUGAUACUAUAUGAAAAUUAUUUCCCUGAACACUAAUUGUGAAUUACCUGUUUAUUUGUAAUUACAGAAGGCAUUGGUGACACCAUAAAUAAGAAUACAUCAUCACAGUGAAAUCAUAGGGAAAACCAUGAGUUCCCCAUUUCAGGAGAGUGAGUCAUUUAUGUGCAAUCAAGAAUUCCACAUUCAAAUCCAAACUUCUUUCUGCCCAAGAGACUUCCAGGCGUUGGAUUUGGCUACCUUAGGUCAUGCCAGCACUUGGAGAUUUCAAAGAAAUCCAAAUCCCUGGAAUUUCUGUGAGUCCACCUGGGAGAAGGGACUCUCCACAUGCAGCAGAGCUGGUGUUUGGAGUGGAGCUGCAGUUGGGAUGUGCUGCCUGCAUUAGCAUGGGGUGCAAAGAGAGGGAAGUGGUGCUUUCCUCUCUCCCAGGUGGAGUGAUGUCUGUGGAGCUGCUGUAAUUGGAGUCAUUUUUCCAGCAGCCCUCAGUGUGUUCUUAAGGAUAUCUUCGUAAUUAAGCCCUUGCAGCCCCAAUUUGUACUCCUGAAAGGUGGAUAAUAUCCACCUCCCUUUC